UCCAGCCUGGGGGAAAGAGCAAGAUUCUGUCUCAAAAAAAAAAGGUGGUUGUGAUGGUGGCUCAUACCUGUAAUCCUAGCACUUUGGGAGGCCAAGGUGGAAGGCUCUCAAGAGACCAGGAGUUUGGGUCCCGCCUGGACAACAUACAGAAACCCUGUCUCUACAAAAAAAUCAAAAAAUUAGCUAGGUGUGGUGGUGUGCACCUGUAAUCCCAGCUACUUGGGAGGCUGAGCAGGAGGACCGCUUGAGACCGGGAGGUUGAGCCUGCAGUGAACCACGGUCAUGCACUGCACUCCAGUCAGGGUGAAGUGGGUGGGCUUUUCACCUGAUCUCCUCAUUGUCUCUAACACUUAAACAGGUCUCAGGCCUGGUGCAGAGGUACAUGUACCUCCACUGCUGGAUAAAGCCCAGCUUUUGCCUGCUGGCACUGUCAGUUCUACCCAGCCUUCUAUGACCUCAUUCUCUCCCCAUUUUCCACUUUGUGACUUCAUCAGUUAAAGAUCCCAUUUCAGCCACCAAGGUUGAGAGGCCCCAGCCUCUGUAAAGAGCCCAAUUCCUUUCCAGAAUCAACCCUGGGGUGGCUUUAGGGCUGAGCUCCUUGCAGGUCAUGCUGGAUCCACAGUGGUGCACCGGUCCGUGCUGAGGUCUUCAGAUACCUGUCGAUGGGUAUUUGGCUCCUUGCUUCCACUGACCUCUUGAGUACUUUCAAAGAUCGGUGUCAAGGGCACCCGUGCUGCUGUUUCUAGAGCAUCUCUACAACCCACGGUGGCCUCUCCUCUCUCUGCGGGCGAUGGACAGCACAGUCCCUUCAGCCCUGGAGCUGCCCCAGCGGCUGGCACCAAACUCGACGCAGAGCCCGCAGAGUCCGGAAGAGGAGGAGCCGAACCUGCUGAGCAGUUUGGCUGCAGUCCAGACCCUGGCCAGUGUCAUCCGGCCUUGCUAUGGCCCUCAUGGCCGGCAGAAACUCCUGGUGACCAUGAGAGGAGAAACAGUGUGCACAGGGUGUGCCGCUGCCAUCCUCAGGGCACUGGAGCUGGAGCACCCCGCUGCGUGGCUCCUCCAGGAAGCAGGAGAGAACAGUGGGGACGGCACAGCCUUUAUGGUUCUGCUGACAGAAGCGCUGCUGGAACAGGCAGAGCACCUGCCGAAGGCUGGCCUGCCUCGCCCACAGCUCCGGGAGGCCUACGCCACAGCCACUGCGGAAAUCCUGACCACGCUGCCCUCCCUGGCCAUCCAGUCUCUGGGGCCUUUGGAAGAUCCAUCCUGGGCCCUCCGUUCUGUGAUGAAUACCCACACCCUGUCCGCCACGGACUACCUUACCAAGCUGGUGGCCCGUGCCUGCUGGGCUACCAAGGAGCUAGAUGGCAGCUUCAAGCCUGAGCGUGUUGGAGUGUGCAUGCUGCACGGGAGGACACUGGAGGAUUCCUGCCUCCUCCCGAGGUUAGCAAUCUCUGGGAACCUCUGUGGGCAAAUGGCUGCAGUGUUAAGUGGUGCCAGGGUGGCUCUCUUUGCUUGCCCCUUUGGUCCUGCCUGUCCAAAUGUACCAGCAACGGCCCGUCUCUCUAGUCCAGAUCUAGUUCAGUUUAGUAAAGGAAAUGACCAAUUACUAGGAAAGCUAGUAGGCCAGCUGGCAGCCGCGGGAAUUAACGUGGCAGUGGUGUCGGGAGACGUCGACGAGGAGACCCUCGCACUGGCGGACAAGUAUGGUAUCAUGGUGACUCAAACUAGGUCUCGGAUGGAGAUCGUUUACCUGAGUGAGGUGUCGGACACACCUCUGCUGCCUCAUCUGCUCCCUCCCCGGAAACCAGGCAAGUGCCAGAGGGUUUACAGGCAGGAGAUGGGAGAUGGCUUGGCUGUGGCAUUUGAGUGGGAAUGUACAGGCUCACCUGCCCUCACCAUGGUCCUCAGGGGAGCCACCACCCAGGGGCUGCGGAGUGCAGAGCAGGCCAUCUACCACGGCAUUGAUGCCUAUUUCCAGCUAUGUCAAGAUCCCAGACUGGUUCCAGGGGCUGGGGCUACAGAAAUGGCUUUGGCAAAAAUGCUCUCUGAUAAAGGAAGCAGACUGGAAGGGCCCAGGGGGCCUGCAUUCCUAGCAUUUGCCCGGGCCCUGAAGUGUCUUCCUAAAACCCUGGCAGAGAAUGCAGGCUUAGCUCUCUCAGAUGUGGUGGCAGAAAUGAGUGGAGUGCUUCUAAUGUGUGUGGGAGCACAAUGGAUAAUAAAAGUGGCCCAGGAAGGGGUGUGGGACACCCUAAUGGCCAAAGCCCAAGGAUUUCAAGCGGUGGCUGAGGUUGUGCUGCAGCUCGUGACUGUAGAUGAAAUCGCUGUGGCCAAGAAAAGUCCCACACAUCCGCAGAUCUUCCCUCCUGACUCUAAGAAGGCAAAGAAACACCCACCUCCUGUGGAAAAAAAAAAAUCCUUGGAAUGAAUAAGUAGUGACACCCUCAAUAAAACGGGGAUUGCCAAGAAGGGGACAGUCACCCCAAAA